AUGAGUGCCCAUGACAUGUCCCUCCUGGGCGGGGAUUCCAUGAGCAUCGACUCUGGAAUCCAGGUGAUGCAGAGCAUUCAAGGCAUGGACGGUGCCAUGGCUCUCGAUGAUGUCGACCUCUUCGGAGAUCCUGUUAUGGACAAUGCUCUGGGUACCCUGCCCCUGACCUCUCGCCCUCCUCCAAGUAAGCAGCUUCAGCAGCGGCUGGACCAACUCCGAGCCCGUGGUUGCUGUCAGGGAAUUGCUUGGGGCCGCUUGGGGAACAUAGCCUGCGUCUCCAAAGAUGGCAUGUCGGUUGACAUUCGCUACAUGCGUUGCAAUCCCGAGAACGGUGAAUGGGAUAUGAAUGAUCCAAGCUCUUCUGCCACCAUUUCACUGGUUCAUGGUCCGCCCUCGUUCAUCUCGCUGCCUUCUGCCGGCGCCCCCAUAGUCCACGUCGCCUGGUCCCCUACCACGCAUAUGGCUGACUUGGCCGUCAUUGAUGCUCUCGGCCGCAUCAGCAUUCUCUUCUUCCCACUGCAGAUCAACAGACCCUAUCCUAUGAGAAAAUGGGAUUCCGAUCCUGUGGACGACCUCCACAGCGUCGUCGGUUGUCACUGGUUACCAAUCGGUAACGCAGCAAGCCAGAGCCGAGGGUUUCUCACCCAAUGCAGUGGUGCACACUGGGCAGGGUCUGAAUACAAAUACAACCACAUGGCUCAGCCGGCUUUUGGGCCGUCACAUCCUCACCCUGGAAGGAGCGCGCUGGUGUGUGUUACCACAAAUGGUCUUCUGAGGCUGUUCUAUCAAAUUAGCAGCCGGCAUGAGGAAACGGCUCUCGAGCUCGAGAGUGUGACAGCCGCCGAUGAUCUCAUCACGCACGCCUCUUUCUGCUGUGAUAAACCUCUCGCUACGGCGUCGAAGCAGCUGAGGGUAGUGCGUGUUGGUGUGAACUGGGGGAAUCCCCCAAGUGAUAAGCAGGUGCACCCAGGCAGUAUACAGUUAAGACCAUCGAUGAAAGAGGUACAUGUAGCCACCACCAGUUGGCUACAACAUGGCCCGAGCGAGUCGACUCUAGACUUUUCCAUGGCACAGCUCUCUCACCUCCUAGUACUCCCGUCUUUCAUGGAGACCAGUAACCCUCCAACCUUCGCCCCAGCAGUUGUUGUCACGGUGAGAUCAUAUCUGCCAAACGAAACCUCGCCCUACGAUCAGGAAACCCAGAGCAUCAUCGAUCGCUGGGAGGUUCUGAACGAUCAAGCCCAAGCACCACAUCCCGCGUUUGAGCAGCUGGGUCCCCGGAACGGUGCUGGAGCUGCCCCCCCGACCAUGACUAGGUUGCGGAAGCUGGAGCCAGUCACAAUCCCCAAAGUGGUCAUCUCGAUGCAAACGACCACCAUACAGCUGGGAAGAGUCGUUUGUUUCACCUUUAGCGACGGCACCGUUCAGUACCGUGACAGGUUCACCAUGGCUGAACUUUACAACGAGCAUAACACCGAGAACAUCAACAGCCCUCACCAGGUUGGGUUCCAGUUUGACGAUCCGACGCCCUGUCUUCAGGUCGCUUUCUCUCCGAGCAACUUUGCAUUCGUCCAAGUGUGUGAGGAUAACACAUUGAAGCUGAGAAAACUCCAUUAUACAAUGGGUGAUUUAGGUUCCCUUCAAGACGUCCAAGCAAGGGCUGUUCUGGCAUCUCUCACAAUGCCCAUCUCUUUUGCCUGGCAACAGCAAAUGACCUUUGAUGACAUCCUGGCGGUUGUCCGUCCCUUGACCCAGCAUCCGAAGUUCACAAAUGCCUUGUUUAAGGAAAUCAUAACUCUGCUUCGGACUGUGGUCGACUACUCGGAAGAACAGCAGCAGCUUGUCGACACGCUCAUCCGGAACAACCAGCUGCAGUCCUGUCUGAGCCUUCUGAACCACUUUGGCUUCAAUGGGAACUUUGAAGCCAGGUCUUUCCACGGAAAGUUCGCCUCGGUCGCCCUCAACCUGAGAAACAUCAUUGUUCUCAUUGUGCUUGCGAACCACAGCCCACAAAAGUCCAACGGGGUACUGAACCCGCUCGAUGAAUCAGAGGUGGUCGAGACCCUUGUCGGGUGCGCAGAAUGGGCCGUCAGCUUGUUCUCGUGGCUCAUCGACUCGCUCUUCAACCUGCUCGACGACCCCGAGUUCAUGGCGCUCCUUUCCGACCAGAGACGAUUCCAGGAACUGGCGAACUACCUCCACACCCGCAACGACGUCUCGGUCUAUCUUCUCCUCUGCUCAUCAACACGCAGCUUGCUCCAGGUUGCCUGCCGUCGGGUCGCGGGCUUGGAGGAAAUCAGCAGCCGCGCGCUCACGUACUACAAGACUCACAGCGUGACUGAGACAGGGGCUGCUCUUCACCAUGCCUAUCAGAGGAUGUACCGCACCAGCUCCAGCAGCCCGGUUAAACCCCAGGAUUUUGAACGCCUCUUGAGCACCCUCGGCAGGGACAUUUCCACUGCCUAUCAAAGAACGCUCACGGCGAUGGCCAAGUCCAAGGACCAGACCCAGCCCGGGGCCACGGAGCAGCAGCAGCAGCAGGCCCAGCAGCGGGUGGAGCUUUUUGUAAAGUCGGCGCAGAACCGGUGGGAGCUGGAGAUGCUGUCGGGGGCUAACCCGCCUAAUAUCUUCCGCGAGGUGCUCGCUCGCCUUUUUACGAGCACGCUGACGACGUUUAAGGCAUUGACGGACCCCGCGAAGCUGUAUUUUGCCAAUUAUGACCUGCUUGAAGUCAAUGAUGAUGCGAAGACGUUGAGGGCGAGGAAGAAGGCGGGGAAGUAUGUGGAUGUUUUUAAGAGGGUGGAGUUGGUUGCUGGGCAGCAGCAGCAAAACACGCAGUCUUUCCCUCCUGCUGCUGUGACGAAUGGGGCUCAGGGGAAGGGUGGUGGUGGGGAGAAUGUCAAGACUGAGGCUGGUGUGUGGGGUGCGGCAGGUGUGAAACUGGGGGGCACGCCUUCGUUGACGUUGGGGUUGGCAGGGGGUGGUGGUGGUGGUUCUGCCGGUGCUGGCAAUGGGGCGAACGGGGGUGCUGCUGUUGCCAUGACGCAGGUUCACAGCCCGAGGGAUGAGGGAGCGGGAGGGGCGGGAGGUGGGCAUGCUAUUCGGUGGAGGCGGUGUGUGAGGUGUGCUUCGGUUAUGGAGGACAUUAUGAACCAGCGGCCUGGGUUUACAUAUGUGCUGGCGCAGCAGCGGAAGUGCUGUUGUGGAGGGGCUUGGGCGCUGGUUGCGAACGGGGCUUUGGGGUAG